AUGUCGCGCUUAGUAUUUGGAUUACUUGCAAUUGCAACUUUGCUGGUGUUUGGUUUUUGUCAGGAGUGCAAUAUUUGUAAUGCUGAAAACGGCGUAGCCUGUGUAUCCAACACAGCAUUCAAGAUGUGCAAUGUUAGUAAUUCACCAAUCGGAGAUUCAUAUAACUGUCCUACUGAUUCUAAAUGCACCGGUUCAAGAAGAAUUUGCGACACUGGUGCGACUCUUAAAGGUGCCUGCGAAAGUUGUGACAUAUGCUCCAGUGAAGCAGUGUUUAAAUGUACGAGCAAGAACCAAUUUGCUUUAUGCGUGGAUCCUGACAGUACAAUAAAAUACGAAUGUGCGGGUUCCUAUGUAUGCAACAUAGAGAAUCAAAAAAUAUGCGGCGACCCGUCAGAAUUACCUCCAACGUGUGGAGAGGAUACAACACCAACAGUACCAACAAAUAUGACUGCCGAUGAGUACUGUGGAUUGACUAAACAACCUGGACGCUUUCCUAGGGGCGCGGACAAGGACACUACAUGCCAUCAGUGA